AUGGCUAUCUUUGAUUUCUAUGUCAAUAAGAUGUGUCCUCACUGUCGCUUCGCAGACGGCUAUCAGAAACGAUACCGACAGGUGAUUAUACCCAUCACUCUUGUGUCACCGCUAGUGCUUCUAUCGGUUCUAGCAGUUGCAGCGAACCAACUGAAGUACUCCAGGGAGGGCUUUGGCCUUACGGCGUUACGAUAUCAAACAGCAACAUUGAGAGCCCUGUCGCACGUGAUCGGCUCAGUCAACAGCGCGACUCAAUCUCAAUUGAACGUGUCAAUGUCGAAGACGGAGAUUCUCAGCGCUAUUUGGAUGCUUUGCUUCUUUGAAUUCGGCAACGAUAACACAUGCAAGCCCGGCCUGUCGCCGCCGGCUUGGCGAGUUCACCUCGAAGGAGCGAGGAGGAUUCUGGAGCUACCUGCCUCGGCCUUUGGAGGACUGUCCUCGUGGAGCUGUGACCCUGGGGUUGUUACAUUUCUAGCGGGAUUCCUUGCCUCGCGGAGCGUCCUAGCUUAUACGACUGUCGUCGACCCUUCAGAUGAAGAAGCACUUUACUGCGGGGGAUCGUACUGGCUUAGUAAAAUCGGUCGCCCAUCUCAGGAGAUCGAGAACUACACGAAUUGCUCAAACGAGCUUCUGGGAAUCAUUCUAGAAACCUGCCAUCGCAUCCGUCAGAGAAAGAGAGCCCGUACUUCUCUACCCCUACACGAGGAUGAAGAAGCGCUGAGGGACUGGAGACGGCAGACGGAAAACCGGUUAUUGCAUAUAGCCCAAGUCCCUCCACGAGCUCUCAGCUUGGAACCUUGUUCACCUUCACUUCCACUCUUGUCGGUAUCACCGGCCUCACAGACUUCUACUACUACUACUGCCACAGAGUAUCCUCCCUCGUUACCAACGGUCUACCGGAUAGCAGAAGCAUUCCGCCACGCAGCGCUGAUCCUGUUACAGUACCUCAACCCGAAUGUCCUGGUAGAAGACAACCCGGCAGUCAGAGACAGUGUGCGGACGAUUCUCGAUCUCAUGAGCGCGGCCGUCCCCGUACCCCCGCGAGGAAAGAGCGGAAGGUCCAUUUUCCUGUGGCCGUUUUUCAUUGCAUCCUGUCAUGUGCAGACGGAUGAGGACCGGAUGCUUGUGCUGCGGAAGUUUCAGGAUCUGGAAUGUGCCGUGGCAUCUGUGUCCAACGAUACCGUGGCUCCUUGUCUGCGUGAUGUGGUGGAGAAUGUGUGGAAGCAGCAGGAUUUACGGAAGGAUUGUGUGCGUGGGAAAUACCACUUGUUCAGCAGUGAGGACUGGUGUUUUGAAUGGGAGCGAGCGAUGAGAGUGCUUGGGUAUGCGAUCGAUUGGACAUAG